AGUACCUAGGCGCACCUUUCCGCUGAGACACCUCCCCUGGGCGGCUUGCCCGCGUGCCCACUCGAGACCGUGUCCAACCAUGGAGUUUGAAAAUCCGUGAAGCUGUUCAGAGAUAACUACUAACUUACCUAGUAAGGUAGCUCGUCCUUUAUACGGCCUGGCGUCAACCCCCCUGGCAGCGGGUCACACGCCCCUGUGACUGCCAUCCAGCCCGCUGGGCCGAACAAACCUGGGCGAGCGCCAACGAGUCGGGUCACCAGCACCUCAUAGUACAGGCAUAACUAACAGCCCAACACGUCGGGAUCCCGUAAUCACAGACAGAUGUGGCGGGGGCUAAAAUCGAAGUCACACGGCCAUCGUGGUCCGCCGCCGAUUGCGCAGCUCCACAUGGGGGCUUUGAUGUCCACGGACAGCCCGUGUGUUACCUUGCUUAUACUUAUUAGGUACCGUGUGUAAAACGACUGGCACUGCCGCGCCGACGCCGCUCACUCAUCACUCUUUCACGAUACCACUCGUCAAGCGUCUCGCGGGACACUCGUUCAGGUGCACCCGGUCGCAGCAGUUGUGUUAGCGUCUAUUCUUUGCCGUAUCUUCUGUGCACAAGGGGCAUGUUUGUUUGUUCUUCUAUACCCUGUGGUCGUCUGUCUUGAUUAGUGACACACCCUGAAGCCGAGCCUCCGAACCAGCGCCGACGACCCGACACGCGACCGACGGUGAGCCGUUCAUGACGGCCCCCGGGGCUCCGACGACAUGAGACUCUCCGGCACCUGGCCCCAUGCACUAAGGCUGCUCCUGGCCAUCUCACUUCACCAUGUUGCCGUCACUGCUCGCGCCGUUCCCGAGAUCGUUCUCAGCCCGGACUCUCAUGGGUCCCUUGGCGCCGUAGCCAGCGAGGCCGCCGAGUGCAGCGCGAUAGGAAGAGACCUGAUGGCUAGAGGCGGCAAUGCUGCCGACGCCUUGGUCGGCACGACGUUCUGCGUCGGCGUCAUCGGCAUGUAUCACUCAGGCAUCGGUGGCGGCGGCUUCGCCAUGAUCCGCGACGCCCACGGCAACUACGAGGCCGUUGACUUUCGGGAGGCUGCUCCCGCCGCGGCCCACCAAGACAUGUAUCAGGGCAACGUGAACGGGAGCAUCGUCGGCGGCCUAGCGGUCGGCGUGCCCAGCGAGGUCCGCGGCCUGGAGUACAUCCAUAAGAAAUACGGUGUGCUCCCCUGGACGACCGUCAUGCAAGGCGCCAUUCAUGUCGCGAGAAACGGCUUCAAAGUAACGAGCGACACGGUCGGGUACAUGAAGAGUGGCGUCGCUGGCAGGGAAUUCAACUACUUGAGCCAGGACCCCAGCUUUGCGCAGGACUUUGCGCCCAACGGGACGUUGCUGGGUGAAGGCGACAUCAUGGUCCGGAAGCGAUAUGCCGAUACUCUCCAAAAGAUUGCGGAGCAAGGAGGAGACGCGUUUUACAAGGGCGAGAUCGCCGAGGCCAUGGUCAAGUACAUCCAGCAGACCAACGGCAGCAUGACGCUCGACGACCUGUCGUCCUACGAGGUCCUCUCGCGGCCCGUCAAGUCGGUGCGCUACCGCGGCGUCGACCUGCACACGGUGGGCGCGCCCGCCAGCGGCGCCGUGUGCCUCAACAUCCUCAAGACGAUGGAGCAGUUUGACCUGCCGGACCGCGGCGGCGACGUGAACCUCACGGCGCACCGCUUCGCCGAGGCCAUGCGCUUCGCGUACGGCUCCCGCGUCGAGCUCGGCGACCCGGACUACGUGGACGGCGUGCGCGCCUUCGAGGACCGCAUGCUCAGCGAGGUCAACGCCCGGCGCAUCCGCGACAACAUCUCCGACGACCACACGCAGCCCGUCGAGGCGUACGACCCGUCCGACAUGUACGCGCCUGAUGGGCACGGCACGUCGCACAUCGUCACGGCCGACGCCUCUGGCAUGGCCACGUCGCUAACCACGACCAUCAACCUCCUCUUUGGCGCGCAGAUCAUGGACCCUACAUCGGGCGUCAUCCUCAACAACGAGAUGAACGACUUCUCCAUCCCCGGUGUGCCCAACGAGUUCGGCUUCCAGCCCUCCGAGGCCAACUACAUCCGGCCGGGCAAGCGGCCCCUCUCGUCCGUCACGCCCGUCAUCGUCUCGGACCCGCGGCGCGGAGGCCGCCUCGUCGCCACAGUCGGCGCCGCCGGCGGCUCGCGCAUCAUCACCGCCACCGCCGCGGCGCUGUGGCACGUCCUCGAGCACGCCAUGUCCAUGCGCGAGGCCCUCGCCGAGCCCCGCAUGCACGACCAGCUCAUGCCUAACACCGUCUUGCUCGAGUACAAGUUUGGCAACGGGACCGCCGCGUCUCUGGCCGCGAGGGGCCACAACCUGACCUACGUCGGUGAGGGGCUCAGCGCCGUGCAAGGUAUUAAGGUGCUCGAUGAUGGGACGUUUGAGGCGGCGAGCGAGCCGAGGCAGCGCAACAGCGCCGGCUUGACCAUCUAGACGACUCCUUUGUAGACAAAGGGGCAUUUCCUUGCACAUGUAUAUACACAGUAGAGACGCACACUCACGCGCAUGAUCUGGACUGGGACAAUUGAACCAAGAGCGUUUGCAUUACGUCCGUCGCAUACCCUCUCUGGUCGUCCAUCUGCACUGUCCGGACACACGGAGCCUCGAAAAUGUCUAUAAACACGAUCCCG